AUGGGUGUGGGUCUUCCAGUACAGCGGGAAGGAUAUUGGACUCCUGCUGCCACGCCGGGGCAAUGUGACUUCUCCGUUCUUCGAUGUCGCAGUGCAGCUCAGUGUCCGAUGAAUGUGCUGGGCGGCUGUGCAGACGGACGCACCGGCAUGGCCUGCAACAAUUGUCAACAGGGGAGCUUCGCCACGGAAGAUGGCUCUUGUCAAAAGUGUCAAGCCGCUGAUGCCCUGCCUGCUACGAUUAUGGCCAUCGUGGCUUUGCUGAUACUGAUCCUACUUCUCUCGUCGAUCAACGCGGAUCUCAACCAACAGAGCCUUAGCAUCCUCACCGUCGCGGCGAUUGGCGGCCAAAUGGUCAUGGCGGUCCAGGCUCUUGGAUCGAUCCGGCAACUCACCGUGAAUUGGGUGCCGCCCGUGCACGACCUGAUACAGCUCACACAGUUGCUGACCUUCGACUUCGACAUCAUCCGCAUCUCCUGCGUCUACGGAGUGGACAGCCCGGUUUUGAAGUUCGUCAGCCAACUGCUGGCCUGUCCCGCCGGCUUCGGUAUCAUCCUCACUGCUUGGGGACUUGCCAAACUGAGGGGAAAGCAGAUGUCCUGGGACUCGGUCUUCAAUCUCUGCGGCGUGAUGAUGUUCGC